AUGGUCGGUUCCACAGCUUGCGCGGAUGGCCUCCUCACCGCGGUGGAAACCCCUCCGUUGAACGGCGGCGGCAGCAGCGGCAGCAGCGCCGCCGGCUCCCCGGCGGGGCACGGCGGGACCGGUCCCAACAUUGUCGGCGGCGGGGGGCGAGCGGGGACUCGAAGCGGCGGUAGCGUGGGCUUGGGCGGCGCGCGCGCCAAGCGAGAAGCCCAGCAGGCUUUGGCCCAUCUUCAGCAGGCCGGCGGCGUUCGGAACGGUGGGGAGGGGGGGGCGGGGUCAUCGGGAACCAUGCUGGGAGCAAUGCUUGGCGGUAGAGGGGGGCACAAGAAGCAGAAGCCCCCCGGGCUGAGGAGGGGGAAGUGGACGCCCGAGGAGGAGAAGUACGCCAACCGGUUAAUUCAAGAGUUCAAGGCGGGGCUGUUGCCCCUCACCGACGGAACGACUCUCAGAACGUUCCUCAGCAUCAUGCUCAACUGCGACCCCAUGCGCAUCUCGAAGAAAUUCGUCGGCUCGAACUGCAUCGGGAAGCAGGUUUUUCGACGGCAGCAGGGGGUGGACGAGGACUCGUCCCCUCUGUCGGAGGAAGCCAUGGACAAGAGCAGGGCGGAGCUUGCCGAGCUGGAGAGAAAGUUCCUUGAACGCGUGGCGGAGACAACAUCCAAGCUCAAGCAGGGGGGUGGGAGGGGCGGCGGCGGCGGUGGGGUAGGAGCUAGCGGCUACGCGAGGUCGCCUGCAGGUUUCGGCGCGGGGGAACCACCAACGACAAGAUCAUCAGGGGUGGCCACGGCCCAGAGGUUCCUCUCCCCGAACAGCGGGUCCUGGGGCCAAGAGGGUGAGGGGGACGACGGACAGGAGUCCAAUGAGGAGGAAAAAAGUGAGGGGGGUGACGCGAAGGUGCGGGCUAACGGGAGCAGCAGACGGCAGGUGACCGACCCCUCUUGUAGGCACCCCCUUGAGCAGCGGAAGUGGAUGCAAAGCCUCUCGUCAAACCCAAGUGUGUUAUUUGCUCAGUGA